AUGCAAAUGUCUCAAGUAAGACAACAACCAAUUUCAUGGUCAUCAGAACUAAUUCGAGUUCAUCGCCAAUUACAAAGUUCGGGAUUGUAUUAUUGUGGUAGUGAUAAAAAUUGUAUGCAACAAGUUACUGUUGAAUGUCCACCAGGACGCAUUAUUGGGACUUUAUUCGGUACUGAUCGAACAACAGAAAUAGGAUCAAUUGAUAAGUUAUAUCCGAACAGUAUGCAAAUAUCUUCAGCAAAUCCAGUUGCUUUCACAUUGAACUUUCCAAUGAAUCUUGAUACUAAUAUGAAAAUAUUGGUACUUGGUGCUCUCUUUCUUAUUGAUAUAGGCAACUAUAAAAUGGUUCGUUUAAGAUAA